GGCUUAACUGUGCGCUCACAUAAAGCCUGAUUAAGAAGGUACUGAAGCUUUAGCUUGUUAGCAUUCAGCUAGUACAAGCACCGUCUCUACUUCUCUGUGAGCAGGUUCAUUCAUCCGGCAAAAAUGGAGUGGGCAAGUCAGCUAUGUGAGAACAGAGGCUUGGGAUCCAAGAUGACAGACUCCAAAUAUUUCACCACUACCAAGAAAGGGGAGAUCUUUGAGCUGAAGGCAGAGCUGAACAGUGAUAAGAAAGAGAAGAAGAAGGAGGCAGUAAAGAAGGUCAUUGCCUCUAUGACUGUGGGAAAAGAUGUCAGUGCCCUGUUUCCUGAUGUUGUGAACUGUAUGCAGACAGAUAAUUUGGAACUGAAGAAGCUGGUCUAUCUGUACUUAAUGAAUUAUGCCAAGAGCCAGCCAGACAUGGCCAUUAUGGCAGUCAACACCUUUGUUAAGGAUUGUGAGGAUCCAAACCCUCUGAUCCGUGCCCUGGCUGUGCGCACCAUGGGCUGCAUCCGUGUGGACAAGAUUACAGAAUAUCUGUGUGAGCCUCUGAGGAAGUGUUUGAAAGAUGAAGACCCCUACGUGAGGAAGACCGCUGCAGUUUGUGUCGCCAAGCUUCAUGAUAUCAACGCCCAGUUGGUAGAAGACCAGGGCUUCCUAGACACCCUGAAGGACCUGAUCUCGGACUCUAACCCCAUGGUGGUAGCAAACGCAGUGGCAGCUCUGUCUGAGAUAGCGGAGUCUCAUCCCAACAGCAACCUUUUGGACCUGAACCCUCAAACCAUUAACAAGCUCCUGACAGCCCUUAAUGAAUGCACAGAGUGGGGCCAGAUCUUCAUCCUCGACUGCUUGGCCAACUACACACCUCGUGAUGACCGCGAGUCACAAAGUAUUUGUGAACGUGUGACUCCACGACUGUCUCACGCUAACUCUGCUGUGGUGCUGUCUGCCGUGAAGGUUCUGAUGAAGUUUAUGGAGAUGCUUCCUAAAGAUCUGGACUAUUACGGCACUCUACUAAAGAAACUUUCUCCUCCCCUGGUCACACUGCUCUCAGCGGAGCCUGAACUGCAGUAUGUCGCCCUCAGGAACAUUAACCUCAUUGUACAGAAACGCCCUGAAAUCCUGAAGCAUGAGAUGAAGGUUUUCUUUGUGAAAUAUAAUGACCCAAUCUAUGUCAAACUGGAAAAGCUGGACAUCAUGAUCCGUCUGGCAUCUCAGGCCAACAUCGCUCAGGUACUGGCUGAGCUGAAGGAAUAUGCCACUGAGGUAGACGUAGACUUUGUGCGUAAAGCUGUACGAGCCAUCGGCCGCUGCGCAAUUAAAGUAGAGCAAUCAGCAGAACGUUGUGUCAGCACGCUGCUUGACCUUAUUCAGACUAAGGUCAAUUAUGUGGUGCAGGAAGCCAUCGUGGUCAUCAAGGACAUCUUCCGCAAGUACCCCAACAAAUAUGAGAGUGUGAUAGCCACUCUUUGUGAGAACCUGGAUUCUCUGGAUGAGCCUGAGGCACGGGCAGCCAUGAUCUGGAUAGUGGGAGAGUAUGCUGAGAGGAUUGACAAUGCUGAUGAGCUGCUGGAGAGCUUCCUGGAAGGCUUCCAUGAUGAGAGCACACAGGUGCAGCUGCAGUUGCUCACAGCCAUAGUAAAGCUGUUCCUGAAGAAGCCCACCGAGACCCAGGAACUGGUGCAACAAGUGCUUAGUCUCGCUACACAGGAUUCUGAUAAUCCUGACCUGCGUGAUCGCGGCUACAUCUACUGGCGUCUGCUCUCCACUGACCCUGUGGCGGCUAAAGAGGUAGUGCUGGCCGAGAAGCCUCUGAUCUCAGAGGAGACGGACCUGAUUGAGCCCACCCUUCUGGAGGAGCUCAUCUGCCACAUCGGUACACUGGCCUCUGUUUACCAUAAACCUCCCAGUGCCUUUGUGGAAGGCAGUCGUGGUGUUCAACACAAAAGACUCCCUGCACGUGCUGGCUCUGGUGAGAGUGCCGAAAUCCCUGAUAUUGGCCAAUCUGGACCUUCUGAAGCUCCAUCUGCUGUCAUCCCAUCACAGGGUGAUCUCCUUGGUGACCUGCUGAACCUGGAUCUGGCCCCGCCUACUGCCACUGUCCCUUCAGUUCAGCCCUCUAUGCAGAUGGGAGCCAUGGACCUACUGGGAGGAGGUCUGGAUAGUCUGAUGGGCGAUGAAUCAGAUACGCCGAGUGUAUCCCACAGGACAGAAGUACAGUCUCCUCAGCCAUCUUCUGAUUAUAGUGAGAGAGAGCUGGGAGACAUUGGUGGAAGUCCUUCGAUGGGUCCCGGUCUGGGGGCAGCCACAGCAGCCAUGCCUACUGCUCUCGGCGGCGCUCCUGCUGUCGGAGGUGGAUUGGGAGACCUCUUUGACCUUGGUGGGGGUGUUGGCAUGCCAACAGGAUCCUACGUUGCUCCUAAAAUUAUGUUGUUACCAGCCAUGAAGGCUAAAGGGCUGGAGAUUUCUGGAACGUUUGCCCGACGCAGUGGGGUUAUUCAGAUGGAUCUGUCUCUCACCAACAAAGCCAUGAGCGUUAUGACUGACUUUGCCAUUCAGUUCAACAGAAACAGUUUUGGUCUAGCCCCUGCUGGCCCUCUGCAGGUUCUCACUCCUCUGAGCCCCAAUCAGACCAUUGACAUCAGCCUGCCUCUCAGCACAAGUGGUCCAGUCAUGAAAAUGGAACCUCUCAACAAUCUGCAGGUAGCUGUCAAGAAUAACAUUGACGUGUUCUACUUCAGUUGCCAGUAUCCCCUCAGUCUGCUCUUUGUAGAGGACGGAAAGAUGGACCGUCAGGUGUUCCUGGCUACGUGGAAGGACAUUCCAAACGAGAAUGAGACACAGUUCCAAAUCAGAGACAUCCACCUCAACUCAGACGUGGCAAGCAACAAGCUGCAGGGCAGUAAUAUAUUCACCAUUGCCAAGAGAACAGUGGAUGGACAGGACAUGCUGUACCAGUCUGUCAAACUCACCAACGGCAUAUGGGUGCUGGCUGAAAUGUGUGUGCAGACCGGCAACCCCAAUUACACGCUGUCCAUAAAGUGCAGAGCUUCAGAGGUCUCGCAGUUUGUGUACCAGUGCUACGAGUUGGUGUUGAAAAACUGAAAAAAGGGGGAACAAAGAGGAGACUGCAGCCAGCUACUGGGCAUUGUUUGGGUGACUGAAAUGGAAUGAGUGGCACCCUAAACCUGAUUGGACCAGCUAGAAAGAGAACCCUUGUUGUCUUGCAUUUCCCUCAGACUGCUCUCAGCAUUGACUGAAUCCCAAAGAAUCAUUCUUUAUUAUUUUGACCAUUCCUAACACCACUCUUUAUCCCUCCUGUUUCCAUUCUCCUGUUAUAUCAAGUGUUAAAAAAACUGUCUCUCUCAGAAUUUAUGACAUCCUCCAAAAUAUAAAGAUAUUGUCUUUAUUACAAAUAUUUACAGGCAUUGUUCUCAGCUAAAUCCAUUGCUUGUAUGACUUGAUUCCUUCACUCUGUCAUGUUUACUUAAGUUUGAGUGGCUCUUGAGAGAAAACUUUCAACUCUGCUGUUUUAAAUUUAGUAUUCAUGAUCGGAGCAUGGGUCGCAUUGAGUUGUGUAAUCACACAGUUGUGUGAGUGCUUUAAAGUUAAAAUCUUGGUUUAAUUAUUUUCUUCCUUUUUAGUAAUGACCUGCUCACCUCUAUUUUUUCUCAGUAAUUUGGGUCUCCAUUUCUUUUAACGGAAUGCUGUAUUUAUUCAGUCAGAAGCACUACACAGUUGCUGAGAAGCAUUGAUUUCUUCAUGGGAUGAAUAUCAGUCACAGAUCACACUGAAAAGAUGCAUUUAAAGUCUGCAAAAGAACUUUACUGAACAUGUUACUUCUGUUUUUCUUUGUAACAGAGGAGUGAUUGAAAAGUCCAUGUGAUGUUUUUCUUUUAAACAAUAUUGGCAAGCUAAUCAAGAAAGAAAUCUAAGAUAAUCAACUUUUUUUCUGGACGAAUUCUCAAAUUAAAUACACAAUACAAACGCCAGACAAAACACUGCUGACUGAUACAUGUUAAAUUGCUGUGCGUGUUUAAGUUUCCUAAUAAUGUUGAUUUAUUGUUUUUCUUUUAAACAUAGUUUGUUCAUUGACCAUUUAUGUGAGUGUGUAUUGUAUUCUGUGGAUUUACUUGUAGUGAUGACCACAAGGAAAUGUCCAGCAUAGGAGAAAUCUGCUUUACUUUUUGUUGGAUUCUGCCAUGAAUACAUCAUCUGAUAUGGAAAUUAAAAAAGUAUAUUACC